AUCCCCUCGCUCUUGUCUCCUGUCCCCCUCGCCUGCCUCCCGCCCUACCCCCCGAUCCCCUGCCUUCUUCUCCCUUUGGACACCCUCCCGAUGACCGCCGCCUCCCCGGCUGACGGCGGCGCCAGUUGGCUCCGGCAGCCGGUGGUCUAUGUGCUGUCCUUGGCGAUUGUUGGGGCGCGAAAUCUCUCGGCGGCCGCCGGGAGCCCGGACUCGGGGCCCGGCAUGGGCACCGCCGGCCCGGACACCGACCCCGGUGCAGCGCGAGCACCGGCCCGUCUGCGCGUGCUUCGCCUGACCGGGGCCGAUGUUCGCAUCUCCACCGGGCAAUUCCCGGUGGCUGGUGGGACAGCGGCCGCCGGCCCCUCCGGCGGUUCGCCGAGCGCCGCCGACGGAUACUCGGUCUUCCCGCCGAAGCGCGUUUUCCUCCGGGUCCUGUCGAGCCCACAGCAGCUAGCUAGCCUCGCGGCCGGUGGCCGACCGGUGGCCGAGGCGCCUGCCUGUCCUCCGGGAGUCCUAUCGCUGGUGGACCACCUGCUGGAGGUGGACAUGCUGGAUGGGGAAACCGGCCAGUGCCUCGCGCGAGCGGCCUCCUCGUUGGCUCCCCUGUUGGGGUGCUUUGCCGCGUCGGCGGCCGCCUCGCCGCCGCCACUCGGCCCCUUCGUUGACCCCGGGACCCCGGGAACUGGACGCCUGGCCGCCGACUUCCGUACUUGGGUCCCGCUGCUGGGCGUUGCCUCGGCCGAGCCGUUGCUCGCCGCCAACGGCCAGCCUGCCGCCGUGGCUAUUCACUGUUCGAUUUCGCGCGAGGAUCGUCUGGUUUCCUGGCUGGCAACCAAGGCCUUUUUCAGCCGGCCUGGCAGCGCCGGGUCCAGUCCCUUGGCGCCGGCCCCGGCGCACAUCACGACACCGCCGCCGCCACCGCCGCCGCCGCCGCCGCCACCGGCCCUCCCGGUCCAGGCUCCCUUGCCACAUCCUGCCUAUUCGGCCUAUCCCCACAUGUACCCCGGGCAUCCGGGCUACGGGUGGCCGGGGGCCGCAUAUGCCACCGCCCCGGGCGUGCUGCCCUAUGCUCCGGGCAUCGGGGGUCCCUACCCCUCAGGUGGGCCAUCUUACACGCCGGCCACCCCGCCCUACACGCCGGCCACCCCGCCCUACACACCGAGCGCCGCCUACGGCUCCCUCUCGCCGCCCGGGGCUCGGCCCGAUCAACGGCCCGGUGCCCCGGCGCCCGGGGUCGACCCUCUGACGGCUGGCAUCUACGCGGACCCUCGAUUCGAGGCGGAUGCCGCCAGCGCGCGAGCCGCCUUCGAGGGGCACAUCCACCGGCUGGCUGCCGAAGCCAUGCACACGUCCGAUCUGGCGGCCAUGAACGCCAAACUGGCCUCCGCUCUGCGGGAAGAGCGCUCGCGCGCCACACAGCUGGAGUCCCUGAUCAGCGAGUUUGCCCAAUUGGAGUCCAGCCGGGCCGAGAUGAAUAGCCAGCCGGACCCGGGCGAGGAUGCCGGUGGCCCUGUGUGAGGGACAAAAUAGAAAAAGCAAUCCAUAA